CAACAACCAUAUCAACGUCAACAACAACAAUAUAGAACAAGGCAAGUGACAACUUCUUCGAAUAAUAUUAAUAGUACUCAGCCAUUCUCAGUUACACCAGAUAGAGCAGUAGCACAAGUAAAUAGAAAUAAUAGAACACAUCCUAAUUUUCCAUCGAGAUCUUUAAUUAAAUAUUAUCCACAUAAGUUAAGGACUAAAGAACAAUUUUUUAGAGAUAAUGAACCACCUAAAGAAUUAGAAAAAGAAAAAGAAAAAGAAAAAUUAUUUAUAAUAGCAAAUAUUUAUUAUCAACAGAGACAUUUUGAAGAAGAAAGUAGAAAAUGGAAAAUAUAUGAACAGGUAGCUAGUAGUAAAGAACAAGAUCUAGAUAAGGACGGGGACGAUGUAAGAAUGAGAGAUGUUGAAGAAAUUCCACAAGCAAGACCUUUUUCAGAAAGAUAUUCGAAGAUAUUAAAUAUGACAGUUAGUGAUACAGAUAGUCAGAGUAAUAACAAUAGUAAUGUAGAGGAUAAGGAUAAGGAUAAGGAAGAGUAUAGUGAUAGUAACACCAAUAAUACAUCAAAUAGUGAGAAUAGUGAUACUGAAGAAGAGGAUAAUAGAAAAAGAAAAUUACAAGAUACAAGUCUUUCACCAACAUCGAAAGGAAAAAUAUUAGAAAAAGAAAACAUCCUUAGAAAGAAAAAAACAAGAUCAAAAAAGAAAAAGAAAAUUGCUAUUGAGAAUGAUCCACGUGCACCAGAGGGAAGUCCGAUUUUAUUAGUCAGUGAGAAUAGUAAUAAAGAAAAGACAAAUCAGAUACCUAAAAGAACACGAGCUGAUACACCUAUAGAUCAAAAAGAGAAACGUUGUCCAUGGAAUGCGCAUGUGCAUGUAAAAAAACCACAAAGAGUUAGAAUGCAACAACAAGAAAUAAUUAAUGAACCAAAUAUAAAUUCAUCUAAUGAGCUUCCUAAGACUCCACCUGGUUUAAAUGAGCCACCACCAAUCAGUCCACGACAGAGUACACCAAAAACACCUAUAGCACCUCCUCGACCAUUGGUUUAUAGUCCCAAUCCUAUAACAUCAAAUAUUGAAAAUGAAAAAGAAAAAGAAAAAGAAAAAGAAAAAGAAAAAGAAAUAGAAAAUGAAAAAGAAAAAGAAAAAGAAAAUAAUAAUAAUAAUAAUCCAAUAAGAUCAACAAUCGAGAUAGAGAUACCCGAUCAUCAAAUGGAAGAAGAUUGUAUUUCAUAUUCACCAUCAGUUAUCCCGAAAGAUUCUGAAAUUAAUAGAAUAAAUUUAUUUAAUUUUCCAAU